AUGAUCGCGGCAAAUACGCAGCCAGAGAGUGGUGCGUAUCAUCUUUCGUCGCUACAACACACCUCCGCGAGUAGUUCUGUGUCGUCCUCCUCCGACCAAUGGACUUCAGCUCGACCAUCUUCAGGCACUUCCACCCCGGUGCAGCCGACCUCUCGAGGGGCCACAAGCUCAGCGUUGCGAAAUACUUCUGUCCCUUCCUCAAUUUCAACGCCUCAACCAACAGUAGCUGCUGCGCCUCCUUCUGGGACUAGUAGCUCUACGUCGCAUACCCAGACCACACCAGUAUCAUUUGAGCAGUCGCAUCCGCAGCCGAGUGGUGGAAAUGUUGGCUUGGAACAACCCCACCCUUCAUCCUCGUCAUCAGUAACAAUAACCGCCGGCCCGACAAAGCGAGCCUCGGAUGAAGGAGAAGAGGGCACCACACCGCCCGUGAAGCUAGAGAACCUCUCACACGUCGUGAACCUGGUCGGGGAGGACUCGCCACCCCGUUCACCGCCCAAGAGGAGUCGUAGUGCGGACGAGGAUCGGCGGAGGUACGAAAUUAGCGGGAUGCCCGUGCCGGAUGUCAUCGAGAUGGUAGCUGGGCUAUUGACCAAAAUUACCACUACAAACGACCGGCAGCACGAUCAGCUGCAUAGGAACAUACCGCCCGCUGAAGCAACUUCCGGGUUGAGCGUCACCACCAAUAGUGUUCUCGCCUUCCACGGAAAGAACGUGCCCAGCAUCACCAUACUCAGCUACCUAUCUCGGAUACACAAGUACUGCCCGACAACCUACGAGGUGUUCUUGUCCAUAUUGGUGUACUUUGACCGGAUGACCGAGCGGGUUAACAAGGACCCUCACCACAAUUGGCGAACAGGAACUGUUGAUGCGGCCGGGGAUUUAGAUGGCGGUCCCGCACCCACUUCUACUGCUUCUUCCACUCCCACUCCGUCCAUCACAGAUGCGUAUAAUUUCUCGCAUUUUUUUGUUGUCGAUAGCUUUAAUAUCCAUCGAUUGGUAAUUGCUGGCGUAACAUGUGCUUCCAAGUUCUUUUCGGACGUUUUCUAUACAAACUCUAGAUAUGCCAAAGUUGGCGGUCUCCCACUAGCCGAACUAAACCACCUAGAACUACAGUUCCUCAUCCUAAACGACUUUCGCCUCUCGGUGCCCGUGGAAGAGUUAGAAGCCUAUGGAACCAUGCUCGUGCAGUUUUACGCUAGGGAGGCGGUGUCCAGUGCGAACCUUUUAGAUAAUAACGUUAAUCCGCCCCCCACUCCCCUUCCACAGCCUCCGACACAGCCCCCGACACAGCCCGCAACAGUAGAAACGGAGACACCGCGCGUGGAGAAUAGUAUUAUGGCCUAGGGGGUGCGAGAUACUGGAAUUGAUGCUUGCUUGCAUGUGUAGAGAAGGGUAGAAUUUGGGAUGGUUGUAGUAGAAGGUUAUUGAGGAGUUUGCGGGAGGGUUUAUUUUUCUGUUUCUAUCAUUUCAUUUCACUCAUUCUCUCUCGUUCUCUCUUAAUACGGCAUGGCACUUCAACCUCAACCUCGGACUCAAACAUGGACACGGAUUCGUUGGCUGCAUGGGAAUUUUAAAUAAAGGCGUCUUUUUUAUAUUUAUUUCGUUUCAUUACCAGGUUUAUACAGCCACUCGGCAAAAGUUUUCGUGAAACGGAGUCUCACUUCGAUGGAGAUUAUGUUGGCCCAAGGGGGGGGGCACUACGCAAUUGGGGUCUGUGUGGGAGAGAGCCCCGUUCCAUGGGCAAGGAGAGAUUCCGUUUCACAAAAACCUCUUUUUUUUUUUUUUUUUUUUUUGAUCCGACUGGCUCUAAAUGGUGGCUUACUGCUUGCUUACACGCUUGAGCGGGAAUUAACGGCGGGACGGGCGGGUGGACCGGCGGAGUAGAAGUUAUCGGGAUCGAUCGAUCAGGGGCGGCGUAGGGUGGGAUGGGAAGGGCGUCUGGGGGGAUCCUUUAUACUAUUCUUCAUUGCGCUUGCUGGGAUAUGUCUUGAGCUUUGGUGUGGAUUAUCAUGUUUUUAUCUCUAUGUUUGUUUUCGUUUGCUUGUUUGAUUGAUUUUCUCUGAUUAGAUGGCUAGCGGCGAAUUUUGUUUUUUUCCUUUUCUCACAGAAUUAUUCUCUUUUCAUCUUUUCAUCUUUUAUUCUCGUUCUCCAUGGUCUGCGCUGGCGAUGGAGACGGGUGGUGGGGGUUUCAGUAUUUACGUGGGGAAUGGAAGCGCGAGAUAGGUUCGCGAGGCAAUAGAGGAAGACAAAAGGUGGUGGGGGAGGGGGAAGAGACGAAGGAGAGUAUUUAUUCAUCAGCAGUACAUCUAGAU